UUGGUAGAGAUGGUAGAGAAAAGUUCUCUAUCAUCAUUCACUUCAGUCUUCAUUCAGUCGUGUUUCGUUUGUUGAGUGAGACGCACGAUGGCAUCCAAAUACGAAAACAACCCGGCAAUCAAAAAUUUUGUAGAGUAUUUAAAGAUACCUAGUGUGCAGCCAAACAUUAAUUACGAUGAAUGCGUUGCGUUUCUCACCAAGCAAGCAAACUCGCUUGGUUUGGCAGUCAAAGUAUAUGAAGUGGUACCACGGAAACCCAUAGUGGUCCUUACAUGGCCUGGUAAAGAUCCGAAGCUUCCAUCUAUUUUACUAAACUCCCACAUGGAUGUUGUACCUGUUUUUGAAAAAAGUUGGACCUAUCCCCCAUUUAGUGCACACAUAGACGACGAAGGCAAGAUCUUUGCUCGUGGAUCCCAAGACAUGAAAUGUGUUGGGAUUCAAUACCUAGAAGCUAUUCGCAGACUACAGGAUCAGGGAGUGCAGCUUAAAAGGACUAUUCACAUAUCCUUUGUUCCUGACGAGGAGAUUGGUGGACAUGAUGGUAUGAAGAAAUUCGUUGUAACUUCAGAAUUUAAAGCACUGAACGUUGGUUUUGCGUUGGACGAAGGGAUGGCCAGUCCUACUGAUGAAUUCAUAAUAUUCAACGGAGAGAGGAGCAUUUGGCAAAUCCACGUGCAUUGCACUGGACAACCUGGUCACGGUUCAUUGCUCAUUCCGAAUACAGCAGGAGAAAAGCUUCGAUACAUUAUUAACAAGUUUAUGGACAUGCGUGAACAGGAGAAGAAGGUUCUUGACAGCAAUCCAAAGUUAACAAUCGGCGAUGUUACUACAAUUAACAUGACGCAAAUAUACGGUGGUAUACAGUCUAAUGUGGUCCCAGAAAAGCUGACUGUUGUGUUCGAUAUUCGUCUGGCUGUGACCUCUGAUCUUGACAAAUUCGAAAAGAUGGUGCAGAAGUGGUGCAAAGAAGCCGGCGAGGGUGUUACGUUUGAAUUUGAACAAAAGAAUCCCAUGAUAGAGUGUACUAAGACCGACAACACUAAUCCUUAUUGGGUUGCAUUUAAAUCAGCUGCUGAUGCAUUAAAUCUAAAGCUUGAUCGCCGUAUAUUCCCCGGCGGUACAGACAGUCGCUAUGUCCGUGGUGUUGGCAUCCCAGCCAUUGGAUUUUCGCCCAUGAACAACACGCCAGUGCUUCUUCACGACCAUGACGAAUUUUUGAAAGCUGACAUCUUUUUAACCGGAAUCGAUAUCUACGAAAAGAUCAUCGCAUCUGUAGCGAACGUUUAAUAUUGUAAAAAAAAAUUUAAUAUUUUGUGACAUAUUUAACAAUUUGUACCUUAUGUUACAGUAGGUAUAAUGAAAACAUUUACUAACUUUGCAAAUAAUUAUUUACAAAACAUUAAAUUGUUGUUAUUUUACACUCUUGUUAGUUAUAUUUCGUAUAUUUUGUUGUUGUAAGAGGUUUAAUAAAUGAAUAUAAUCAA